UCUUCUGAUUCCGAGUUCUGGGGUUAUGCCUGAAUCAGCAGCUGCCAGAGGCCAAAACCAGAGGCAGAGGUGGAGAAGUAAACAUUUCAGUGAUCAGAAAUCAGAUCCUUUCUUAUGUCUAUCAGAGCUGCACAUGACUACUUCUCAAACUUUUACCUCAAUGUAUCCUAAUGGCAGAAGGCAGAGAAGGCACACUUCUAGCAAAUCUGGGAACGUAACAGAAAGAGGACAACCCAAGCACUAUUUCAGAGAGAAGUCUAUCAUAAUCUUACAAAUACAUGCAAAUGUAACCCCUAAGUACAUUUAUAUAAAAGGCUUUUUCUCUCUUAAGAGAAUCAAGCAAAAUUGCUGCUUCAGUCUCAUAUUUAUCCUGUGGCACCCAGAGCACCCCGUGUUCAGAUGAUUUGGGGAAGACUCCCAGCUGUAAAGUUCAGUUUCCUGGGAUCUGUUCCACAGAGGAUAAGCAGACCUCACUCCAACACUGACUGAGGGGCACUCUGGUCCCAGAAUCAUAGGGAAUUAGAACGGGAGGUAGAGAAUUCAUAUUAAAAAUUUGAAAGUGUCUCUGGAGAGUAGAAACCUGGGAGAAAACCAAACUAAACGUUCUCCCCAUUGUCACCCAGAGAUGUUGUCAAGGUUUCGAGAUCACUGGUGAAAUGUAGGCUUUUCACACCGUCUGUGCCAAAGGAUGGGGUACAGUUUACAGUCAGGGAGCCUGGAACCUCUCCGACCUAGGAAGUCCCCUUCAAGCUGGAAAUUUGUGUCGCGACCAGAGAAACUGUUAAGGAAAACUAUGAAAACACUAAGGGAUGGGUCCUAAGAUCAAACACCGGGCUCGCGGCGGUAACUAUAGCGACGAGGGGGAUUGUGACUUCACUACAUUCCACUCCUCCCUCCUCCCCUCCCCCCGCCCCCACCGCCGCCCGAGUCGCCACUCCGCGGUGGGGGAGGAAAGCGCAGGGCUGGGACCGAGGUCCUUGGAGACCGAGCUCAGGGGCCCGGGGAACCCAGGAGGUCUGAUUCUGGGCGGCAGGAGGACUCAACCAGGACUUUCCAAAAGUUGCCGCGGAGCCUUCCGAUCUCCUCGGCCAUCUCCCAAGUCUGACCUGGCUGAUGGGACCAGCGAGGAUUCUCUGCACCUUGACAUUCAGAAACUGAAGGAGAAGAGGGACAUGCUGGACAAGGAGAUCUCCCAAUUACUAUCUGAAGGCUACAGUGUGGGUGAAUUGGAGGACCACAUCUCCCAGCUCCACAUGUAUAAUGACAUCAAGGAUAUAGGCCAGAUGCUGCUGGGCAAACUAGCUGUGAUCCGCGGUGUCACCACCAGAGAGUUGUAUCCAGAAUUUGGCCUAGACAUGAGUGACUGAGCAGAGGCUCACAGCCCUUGUCCACAGCCCACUGGGAGAGACAGAGGUGGACAUGAGAAGCAGUGAGAGCCCAGCCAGCACACCUACAGGCUUUCCAGUGAGAAAAUGUCAGAAGCUUUUUUCUAGAGAGCCCAGAGAAGAGGGGUGCAGGGAGAAAGGGGUGUUCCCAGCUCCAAGGUUCCUGAAAUGUCCCAGUGAUACCUCUGUAUGUGUAUAUAUAUCCUAUUUGUAAAUAAACAUAUGAGCAAUCUUCUCUUUUUC